AGCGAUAGGGGCUAAAUUUCACUCUUCGCGACUUCGAGGACGUCACGAACUUCAGAGCAGGGAGUUUGUAUGAUACGACCAACAACAAGAACCCGAUAUCAUGACUUAACAUCUGUCUGAAAGAUAGAAUGCUUCUAUCAACACGAGCUGGUCGUCCGAGCAGACCAUGGGCUAGCUUCGUGAAGCUCGCAAAGCAUCGGGCGCAUUACCGUCAUGAGAUUCGAAGGACGGGACUACAAUGGAGAUACUACGCGACUGAGGCAGCGAGAGAUGGAGAGCCUACUGCCGCAGACUCUGGUACCACCUCUAGACCGUCUCAGGCAAGGUAUAAUGAAAUAGGGGUCCAGCAACUAAGUAGCCAUGUCUAUUCUCAAAUCUUCCCUGAUAACGUCCCGCCACCCCCGCAAGAACUCAUAGAGCUCUCCAAAGACCAUCUGCGACGGCAUGACCUACUUGGCAAGAAUACGGACAAUAGCGCACCCAUCUCGUUUGAUCUGCCAGAGCUCCAAGGGAGUACAUUGGACGAGCACUUCUACAAACUCGGAGUCGAUGCUGCUGAACCGUACCUUUCGAAAGCAAAGCAGUUCACGAGGUCAAAUGCUCCUCCGAAGCCGAGAAAAUGGGUACGCAGAUGUGGCUGGACAAAGUACUACCCUGAUGGCAGGACGGAGGCAGUUGAUGCGCCACAGGAGGAUAUGCUCUGUUUUGAUACAGAAGUAAUGUGGAAGGAGAGUUCUUUCGCGGUAAUGGCUUGUGCUGUCAGUCCUACGAAUUGGUAUGCGUGGUUGUCCCCAUGGCUACUGGGAGAAUCAGAGAAUGACAGACAUUUGAUUCCGCUUGGAGAUCCAAUUCAGGAACGGAUCAUUGUGGGGCACAACAUUGGAUAUGAUCGUGCCCGAAUUGCGGAGGAGUACGACAUCAAACAAUCGAAGAACAGUUUCCUGGAUACAAUGUCUCUGCAUGUGGCGGUCAAUGGGAUGUGCUCUCGCCAACGGCCGACUUGGAUGAAGCAUAGGAAGAAUCGAGAACUCAGAGACAAAAUAGCUGGAGAAACGGACAAUGUUGAAUUGGCUACUUUGCUGGGCAACAAAGCUCUGACGGAAGAGGAGGAAGAAUUAUGGGUUGGUCGAAGUUCUGUUAAUUCAUUACGGGAUGUGGCAAAAUUUCAUCUCAAUGUCUCACUCGACAAAGCUCAACGAGACCAAUUUGGCGAACUCGAUAGAAGUGGUGUGGUAGCGAAACUGGAUGAGCUUCUGGAUUAUUGUGCUGCGGAUGUGGAUGUCACUCACCGAGUGUACAAAAUUGUGUUCAACAAUUUCGUGGAAACAUGUCCACAUCCUGUGAGCUUUGCAGCUCUCCGGCAUCUAUCUUCGGUCAUCCUCCCAGUCGACAAGUCAUGGGAGUCGUACAUUGCGAAUGCUGAAGCAACCUAUCAUAAGUUGUCAGAUGCCGUGCAGGAGAGGCUUAUCAGCUUGACUGAAAGGGCAUUGGAGAUUAAAGGGGACGAGGAGAGGUGGUGUAAUGAUCCAUGGCUUCGACAACUGGACUGGUCUGGCCAAGAAAUUAAGAUGGUGAAAGGCAAAAAGAAAAAUGAUCCUCGAAGACCAGCUGCGAGGCAGAAGAUGCCUGGAAUGCCUCAAUGGUAUAAAGAUUUGUUUAUAAAGAAGGACGGUCCCAUCGGCCUUUCGGUCCGAACUCGCAUUGCACCCUUAUUAUUGCGUUUGUCAUGGGAUGGAUAUCCUUUGGUUUGGUCUGAUAAAUAUGGUUGGACGUUCCGGGUACCAGUUGGAGACGCUCACAAGUAUACGCAGAAGUCCAUGCAAGAAUGCUCUGCUUUCGAGGAGAAAGACAUCACCUUAAGAGACGACAGGAGCGGGGUAUAUUUUAAGAUACCCCACAAAGACGGGCCGACCGCGCGUUGUGCAAAUCCAAUGGCCAAAAGCUACAUGCCAUACUUCGAGAAAGGAAUUCUUUCGUCUGAAUUCGCAUAUGCUAAGGAAGCAUUGGAGAUGAAUGCUUCCUGCUCGUAUUGGAUCAGUGCACGGGACAGGAUCAUGUCCCAGAUGGUGGUCUACGAAAGCGAUGGUGCAAAAGCUCCAGGGCUAGUACCAUCGCCUUCGGAGACAGGAUAUAUUUUACCCCAGGUCAUUCCUAUGGGCACUGUGACACGCAGAGCUGUUGAGAAUACUUGGCUUACUGCAAGCAAUGCCAAGAAGAACCGUGUUGGAUCAGAGUUGAAAUCAAUGGUGCGAGCACCACCAGGGUACUGCUUCGUUGGUGCAGAUGUAGAUUCGGAAGAACUUUGGAUUGCAAGUCUCAUUGGCGAUGCACAAUUCAAGUUGCAUGGCGGGAAUGCAGUUGGCUUCAUGACGUUGGAAGGGACUAAAGCAGCUGGAACGGAUCUCCAUUCACGAACAGCUUCUAUCUUGGGUAUCACCAGGAACGAUGCCAAAGUUUUCAAUUAUGGUCGCAUCUAUGGUGCUGGCCUGAAGUUCGCUUCCUCAUUGCUUAGGCAGUUCAAUCCAUCAUUAUCGGAAGCUGAGACGACAAAGGUUGCAUCCAACUUGUACAAAGCUACGAAAGGUAGCAAAACGACCAGAAAAACUCUUCACAAGAAAGCUUUCUGGCGUGGCGGAACCGAGAGUUUUGUUUUCAACAAGCUCGAAGAAUUCGCAGAACAAGAACGACCUCGAACACCAGUCCUUGGUGCUGGUAUCACAGAAGCACUGAUGAGUCGAUUCGUGAACCAAAGUGGAUUUAUGACCUCGAGGAUCAAUUGGGCGAUUCAAUCGUCUGGUGUUGACUACCUCCAUCUGAUCAUCAUUGCAAUGGAUUACCUUAUUCGACGCUUCAACAUUGACGCUCGGUUGGCUAUCACCGUGCACGAUGAGAUCAGAUACCUAGUACGAGAAGAAGAUAAAUACAGAGCUGCAAUGGCUCUGCAGAUAUCGAAUGUGUGGACUCGAGCAAUGUUUGCUCAACAGGUUGGCAUCAACGAUCUGCCACAAUCCUGCGCCUACUUUUCAGCGGUUGAUAUUGACCAUGUUCUGCGAAAAGAGGUUGACAUGGAUUGCAUCACGCCUUCUCAUCCAGAGAAGAUCCCUCACGGAGAAUCUCUUGACAUCACAACUUUACUCGCUAAACCAUCUUCUCAUCUCGAUCCUGCUAUCAUCCCGACACAUCCUAUCGACUUCUCCUCCAUUCCCUACACUCCACGCACACCGGUCAUGGAAACUCUCUCUUCAAACAUCAACGUCAACUUCCUAAGAGCCCAAAUAACAGCCGACGACAAAGAGUUGCGUGAUAUUCUCAAAGACCAACGCAAACUUACCGAAGGCGACGCACCACCAAAGAAACGCUCCGCAUCCACCAAAAACCGCACAAUCCAGCCAUACGAAGCUCACGCUCAUCUCAUGGAAGAACCGGUACUCGUCUCCUCCGACUUCCUCACCCGAGACAGCAAGUACAAGAAUGGUUUCCAAAACGGUGGCACCAAAAAUUGGGGCUGGGAAAGGCAUGCUGCUACGUCAAGAGCUAGGCCGACUACGCGAUGGUGAUUCUAUUUGUGUUUAAUAACUUUUGUAUAUGUGAGACGACGAGACGGCUGGCUCGGGUGUAAUCCUCCUAUUGUAAAUCGUGUAUGUAUGAUUCUUGCAGCCUGCUUUGGUGGUUUUGGCGAAGGAGUGCGGAUUCGGUUGAUUGUUGGUUGCAUAGGUUAGGCGCUGGUGACGGGUGGGAUGUAUUUGUUGUAAAAUCAGGGAUUAUAUAUUAGUGUUUAUAGUUGAAGGACACAACUUGAAAUCUGUUCUUUUGGUUGCACUAAGAGUCGUUUACUCUUGGAGACUUUCUCUUCUAGGAUAUAUUUCUGAAAUGCAGAAAUUCGAAUGGGU